CCAGGGAGACGACUCACAACACCAGGCGCAGUUUCGCAGCAAUGGCCACAAGUGUCCCGACUGCGCCUGGACAAAAGUCAGUCGAGCAGCUGAACGCGGACCUGGGAGGACCUUGGGAGACCCUGUGUUGCUUUUGACCGUCCCUUUGUGAUUUAAACACACAUUUUCAGAGCGUUGGAUUGUAAAGGAAAAACCGCUUCCAAUCUAAAUCUAUUCUUCUUGCUAUCUUUAAAGUGGAUGACCGAUUCCAGAAAGAACCUAAAGGAGUACAUCCUCCUCUGGCGUGCUAUGGCCUCUGAUUUGAGCAGCACUGGUGCCUCAUAACACCCAAGCAGAUCUCAGUAAAUACGGGGGUGGUUUGAGCUGUACUCUGCUACAGCAGUGAUGAUCACGUCCCACAUGAACGGCUAUGUGCAAGAGGUCUCUGGUCAGGCCAAGAGCCACAGAGAGAGGGCAGUUGACUGUCCAGGGGAGGAAAGUAGCCUUGUCAAAUCUCCAAACUGCAGUGCCCACAUGGAACGGAUCCAGCACUACCAGGAGGAGCUGAGGAAGAGGAGAGAGGAGGAUAGCAGGGGGAGGCACGACAUCGACCCAAACGCUUCACUGAGGCUCAAGAAGUUGUCGCAGAACCCUAAGGUGGGAAUUGACAAUCCCACCUUCGAGGGGAAGGAAAAUGCCAGCAAAGACACAAGCUCCCAGGAUCCUGUAGUCGAACUGGAGGAGUUGGUGCAGACCCUGAAGUGGGCGCAGCACUGCCUGUCGGAUACACAGAGUCAGCAGGAUGUAGAGCUGAUAAUGCAGCUCCUUGCAAGGGAGGACUUCAGGAAUGCCUAUGCCAUUUACAGCGCUGUAACCCAGCAGAGGAGCAGAGUCAGUCCCAACUCACCGCUCACGGUACAAGCACAGGAUCUCUGCCAGGAGGUGCAGAAGAUACUCCAGUCCAGCCAACAGAAGGAGGGUUUGGAGCUCCGGGCUCUGCUCACCAGUCCUCAUCUGCAGGCACUGAUGCAGGUCCAUGACAGUGUAGCAGUGCAGGAAAUGGCAGAGGAAAAUGUGACCCAGUAUGUUGGCGAGACAGUUAAACUGGUGCGUCUGGAAAAGGCCCGUGACACUCCACUGGGUGCGACAGUACGUAAUGACAUGGACAGUGUGGUGGUGAGUCGUGUGGUGAAAGGUGGAGCAGCAGAGAGCAGUGGCCUUCUGAGCGAGGGAGAUGAGAUCCUGGAGAUCAACGGGGUUUCCAUCCGGGGGAAACACAUCAAUGAAGUCCACGAUUUACUGCAACAAAUGCACGGCACUCUGACCUUCCUCCUCAUCCCAAGCUCUCAGAUUAAACCUGCCCCACACAGACAGACAGUGAUGCACGUACGAGCUUACUUUGAUUACGACCCCUCGGAUGACCCCUUUGUGCCAUGUCGGGAGCUGGGCCUCUCCUUCCAGAAGGGAGACAUCCUCCACGUCAUCAGCCAGGAUGACCCCAACUGGUGGCAGGCCUACAGGGAUGGUGAUGAGGACAACCAGCCCCUGGCUGGACUCAUUCCAGGGAAAAGCUUCCAGCAGCAGCGGGAGACCUUGAAGAAAACUAUAACAGACAAGAGUCGAGAGCAACAAGGGAAGCAUUGGUAUCCAAAGAAAAGCAAGAAACAAAGGAAGAAGAGCAUGUCUAACAUGAACAAAAAUACCGACUUGGAUGACAUCCUGACCUACGAGGAGAUGUCGCUCUAUCACCAACCAGCCAGUCGAAAACGCCCCAUCGCUCUGAUUGGUCCGACCAACAGCGGUCACGAUGAGCUGCGUCGGAGGCUACUGUCCAUCGAACCAGAAAAGUUUGCCGUCGCUGUCCCGCACACGACCAGAAACUCAAGGAUACAUGAGCGGAAUGGGCGCGAGUACCACUUCAUCAGUCGGUCUGCCUUUGAAGCCGACCUAGCGGGCGGGAAAUUCAUCGAGUCCGGGGAAUAUGAGAAGAACUUUUAUGGCACAAGCACCGACUCGGUUCGACAUGUCAUCAACUCUGGGCGUAUCUGUUUGCUCUGCCUCCACACCAGGUCACUGCAGAUAUUGAGGUCGUCCAACCUCAAGCCCUAUGUCAUCUUCAUCGCACCUCCUUCUCAGGAACGACUACGCACUCUGCUGGCCACAGAGGGGAAGACACCAAAGCCUGAAGAUCUGAAGGAAGUUAUCGAAAAGGCCCGCGAGAUGGAGCACAAUUUCGGCCACUUCUUCGACGCGACCAUCGUGAACAUGGAUCCGGACCAGGCUUUCCACGAGCUACGCAGGCUGAUAGACAAGCUGGACACUGAGCCACAGUGGGUGCCCACCUCCUGGCUGUGCUAGAGGUUAGAAGGUCCAGCCACAGGGAGCCUCGGGGUAGGAGGAGGUAAACAAAAGAGCAACUAUGAAUGUUCCUGGUUGGCGACUGAAAGAAUGAAGGAUGGACAGUGCUCAUUGUCACUGGAUUUUUAAUGCACAUUCUCCUCGUUUGUAGAGGAGGUGAUCUUUACCAUGUGUUGCAGGGAUGGACUCAAGUUUCUUACUUUUCUUUUUGUUGAUGUGUUCAUGUGUGUAUUUUACUGCUCUAUUUUUUUUCUGUUCAGUUUUAUGCAAAGUCAUUUAUCACACAAAUAGAAAUAUUUCAAUCCUAUUCUUAAUAGUUAUUUAUAAUUGUAAAUAUAUAUUUUCUAGACAACAAAAGGAUAUUUUAUUGUUACAUUUUGUGUAAGUGUGAUAAACCAAACGGUACACUCAACUGAGAGUGUUAAUGUCACAAAUAUAAAGUGACUUCCUGACCAAGCAAACAGAUAAGAUGCACUUGUGCUGAAAGUGACUGCAGUGUAAUGUCUUCCGGUCAGAAACACAGAACAACAAUCUGCUGUAACCUGCACAGUUUUGGAGUUCUUCCACUAGUGUCAGUAUUAUUUAUGUAGUCUCAUGUCUCAUUUACGCUGUGAUAAGAAACCACAAAUCUAAAGUAUUGUCUUUAGCUGGUUGUAACUGCUAUCAGUAUAUCAUGCAGCAAAGUACUUCUGAGAUCACUUCACUUGAAGUGAACUCCAACAAAUACAGUAUGUUUUCCUUGCAGGCUUAAAAGCACAAUUCUGGAGAAGUGUUAAUAAAAACUGAUACAUAUGUGAAGAAGUGAUGUAAA